AACGUUUACAUUUCCAACAUCAUGAUGGUGAGUCAAAAUGGCUGUGGGAUAACGGUGGACUUUGGGCGUAGAUAGGCAAGCAAAUGAGCUCCAUUAGACCGACCAUUGUUUGAGCUGUUCUCCAUUUAACACGCACCACAGUCGUAACCAAGGGGAUUCGCGCUGUGUCUAUUUCUCUAAUAGCAGCUGAUUUCAGCAUGCUGAGUAACGUUGCUAAGUAAAUGAUCUCUUGAUUACAAACCCCGAGGUCAUGGUGUAACUGUGGCGACCCCCACUCGCACGUGUAUGGGAAGGAUGGAGAGCGACUGCCGGAUUCCAAUGAGCUGCCUGCGGCCGCGUAUCCUGGCCCUGCACGCUCUCUUCUGGGGACUGGUGUCUCUCAGAGUGUUUGGUGCAGCCCUGCUGAGUGAAGAGAAGGCCUCAGUGGCCAAGCCUGUUGGCACUCCAUGCUGGCUGGUUGAGGAGUUUGUGGUGGCUGUGGAGUGCUCGCAGUGUAAUGCCUUCCAGUCGAAGUCGUGGGCAGCAUGCACGCGAACGGGAUACGUGGAGAGGAUCAACUGCACCAAGUCCAACAGGGACGAGUACAAGAGCUGCCGGUCAUCCCUGCUGGAGGAGCACCUGUUCUGGAAGUUUGAGGGGGCGAUGCUGGGCCUGACUCUGCUCUCCGCCCUGGUGGUGGUGGUCCGCCAGCGCUCCCUGGACCGGCUGGCCUCCGAGAAGGUCCGCAGGCAGAUCGAGUCCAUCUAGAACCCGGAACCAGGACCAGGACCACCAGAGUCUUGCCUGGGGGAGGCUCUCAGACCCGUUUCCAUCUGGCUGCUUUUUAAAACCGAACCGAGGGGGGCGGGCGGGGGGGGGGGUCAGUUAGCCCUGUUGUAGAGGGUAGGCCUCCUGCAGACUGUAGGAUCUAACGGCACAGUCUGACCCCAGUCUGACCUUAGAACUGUUUAUAUCUCCAGUGUGAAUCUUUCCAACUCUGGACACCAACCAUUCUAGAACCUAACAAUAGGUAUAUAACUAAUGAAAUGCCAAUAGUUUUGGAACCUGGACUGCAACCGUGCUAGAACCAAGAGGCCAAGUGUUCCAGAACCUAGACAUCGAUAGUUCUUGACGCCGGAGGUUCUAGAACUUAGAUGCCAAUAGUUCGGGAACGUAGACGACAACAGUUUUGAGACGGACAGGAGAGUUGCUUGGUGAUGUUCGGAGCUCCGAGCCGUGCUGCUGAGUAGAGAUGAUGGCCGGCAAAGAGGAGAAACCUUCUGGAAGAGAACUUUUUCUCCAGCUUGGACGACGUGUGCAUAAUAUCAGCUUUGGGGAUUUUAAUGAUAUAUAUUUGUUUUUCCCCAGAGUGAGUUUUGUGAAAAUGGCUAAAAUAAUGUGAUGAGACAUGGUAUAUGUCAGUUAUUUGGAUUUUCAGAGAGGUUUAGACUUUAAACCUGGUGUCGAAUGUUUCCCCCCCCAGACAUGUAAACACAAGUUCUAUUUAUAUUCUCUUUCAAACGCACCGUUCCUGGGAAGAACCUGACUAAUCCCACAGGACCGUACGGCUGAAAGCACACGGCUUCCCCUCCCAGCCAUCCAGUUAGUCAGGUCUGUCAUCGACUGAGGACGGGUGUGUUCUUGGAGAGAGUGUACAAGCCCCGGACUAACUACUGACACUUGAGCGCCUAAUGGGUUCUAAAUAGAGGGUUUAUGGGGGUGGGUGAUCGCACAGUGUUAUGUGGCAUGCUUUUUUCAUUUGGGUACACGGUUUCUGGGAGGUGGGACAUCUAAUGGGGUUUAAUGUGAAGCCUUCUGAAGAGGUUUAAUUUCACCAGCUUUCGGU